AUGUGCGUGACGCGCAACGAAGAUCGUGGAUAUUUUCUUGACCAGGAGGAGGCGAUUGUCGACUUGCUGCGUGACCACGGCAUGACCGAUGCCAACUCAAGUCGUGCGCCUAUCGGGACAGAUGUUUAUGAGGUUCAAUGUGCAGACAGCGGACAACUUGCAGACACGGGUGUUCCAGGUCAACCUAGCGUUCGUGCAUUUCAGUCUAUUGUCGAAUCGUUGCUCUGGGUAGCGAGGCGCACAAGACCCGGCAUCGCAUUUGCGGUGCACAAGGCAACCAGACAAACACACGAGCCACGGAUACAUGACUGGAAAUUGGCUAAGCGCAUCGUGCGCUAUCUGAGUAGCACGCGUGGAUUGAAGAUCAGCAUGAAGCCAGCAGUCGAAGAAACUGCACAACCUGUUUUAAUGAGCUACAGUGACGCAGACUACGCGGCCGACAAGGCAAACAGAAAGUCUUUGACCGGUAGCGUUAUCAUGCUGAAUGGAAUGAUAAUCAGCUGGUGCUCGAAAAAGCAAGAAGGUGUGGCGCUCUCGACAAUGGAGUUGGAAUUUGUGGCAGCGUCUGAAUCUGGACGAAAGCUUUUUGGAGUGAGAGAGACGCUGAGUGAAAUUGGUGAGUUGCCUGCACUCCUGAUGAAAAUGCUCAUUGACAACCAGGCAGCAAUACGGCAGAUUGAAGGAGAAGUGUCGUCUACUAAAGCCAAGCACAUUGAUGUGAGAGUCAAGUACUUGUGCGACUACGCUCAUCAAGGCAUUGUGAUGCCACAACAUGUGCCGAGCGACCUAAUGCUUGCGAACGUACUCAUCAAAGCACUCGAUGCAGUCAAGACGGUUAAGUUUCGUUCACUGCUACACGUCGUGUAA